AUGGCGAUCCAAUACUUGAUUCUGCUGUCCCGCCAGGGUAAAGUGCGCCUGGCGAAAUGGUUCACAACCCUGUCCCCCAAGGACAAGGCCAAAAUUGUCAAGGACGUGUCGCAGCUGGUCCUCGCGCGCCGCACCCGCAUGUGCAAUUUUCUCGAGUAUAAAGAUACCAAGAUUGUUUACCGCCGAUAUGCCUCGCUCUUCUUCAUCGCCGGCUGCUCGUCCGACGACAACGAACUCAUUACACUCGAAAUUAUCCAUCGAUACGUCGAGCAGAUGGACAAGUACUACGGAAACGUGUGCGAGCUGGACAUCAUCUUCUCCUUUACCAAGGCAUACUACAUUCUCGACGAGCUCCUCCUGGCGGGCGAAUUGCAGGAGAGCAGCAAAAAGAAUGUUUUACGAUGCAUAGGGCAGCAGGACUCCCUAGAAGAUAUGGAGUACCUCCCGGUGCACGACUUUGAAGCCGUCACGAGCGCGCUCAACUUCAACACUCCCGAUUGCAACGUUACCGGCGGCUGCGAUCUGUACACGACAAAGUCGACGGGCUCCGACAAGAAGCUGUACAAGAACAUCGACAAGGACCUCAGCUCUCAGCAUGCCGCACUGCUGAAGCUGGGCGCCAGCCUCUCACCCCCCGAUCGCGAGCACAUGUUGGCGACAUCCCCGGGCAUGCAAAUGUUCUCGACGUCGAGUGCGUUUGGGCCUCUGUCCGAACUGUCAAGUCGUCGCACCUUUGCGUACCUGAUUGCGACGUUGAACGCGAGCCAUCCCCAUUACGACUUUUCUCACGUCCUGCGGCCCGGCGAUUUCAAGCGCGAGCGAAACCUGCGACGAGUCAUGAUCAACCUCGAUUCGAUUCUGCAAAACGUGCGCCCCGGCUUCGAAGCUGGAUCCUCGUAUGACUCCUCGCUCGGUAGCGAUUUGACAUCUGUGUGGGGUCCGCAAUGCUGGUCCCUCAUCGACAAGGAGAUGCGACUCAACGAAUGCACAAUCUUCAGCUACCAUCCCGACCCGGAUCCGUUCGAGGAGGAUGAGAGUGCCAUCUGGGCCGUGCACUAUUUCUUCUUCAACCGCGCACUGAAGCGGGUGGCAUAUCUCUACGUCCGCGUCGUCCCCGUCAUUUCGUCGACGAGCCCUACCCUGCGGCCGAUGAAGCUGGGCCAACAUAAACGGACGACCGACAUCGACUCAGACGGGGCCACGAAGCGCGCUAAGUAUUGGCUCGGCGAUCGAGACGCUGAGCUGGUGCCGCCUUUUGAGGACGACGAGGAGCAGCACGACGACGGCCUGUUCUGGAACCGAGGCGAGGACGGCGACCUAGUGACCUUCUCCGAUGACGACUACGUGGAAGACCUGGACGAGGAAGAUGUGGUGGACUUUGACGAUGACGAUGUCCACAUGCUCGAUAAUGGCCACGACAGACUGAUGAGCGAAGAUAUUGCGGGGCGGAUGGAGAUUUAG